AUGGUUUCUUUUAAACUGGCUUUAUUUGUCAUAGCUUGCUUGACUUCCAUUUCAAGUGCUUCUGAUGAUUUCGAAAUCUUUCAUGAAAGUACUUUCCCAAAUUUAGCUUGUACCGCCCUUAUUGGGAAAAUGGCUACUUUUUUCACAAAAGGUGGUAGUUAUUGUGAUGUUAAACUUCAACAAGCUUUAGGAACGUAUACUCAUUGUCUUGAAACUAUUCCAGAUCCAAACGCUAGAAAGAAUUUCCUUAUAUCUUGUGCUGCUUAUAAUUUAACUGAAGAACAAUAUCUUGAUUCUUACAAUAAUGCUACCAAAUAUUUAUUAAACACUACAGCUGAUCCAACUUUUAAUGCCACAAAAAUAUCUUAUCUACCAGUAUUAUUACCAAAGAAGAGAGUUAUUGGAGCUUGGAAAUCAGAAAGAGGUAGAUACUACAAUUAUAAUUAUGCUUUCUACUAUGGGGUUACUUUAUUUUCAUAUUGGUAUCUUAUUUUAUUCAUGGCAGGUAUUUGUAACUUAGCUUAUUUCGUUUGUCCAAAUUUCAUUAAACAAAAAUUAACUGGUCCAGCUGCAAAUAAAUUCAGACAAUUAUUUACAUUACCGGCAUUAGGAUCAAAGAGUCAUGCUCAUCAUACCGUUGCCUUCAAAUUCUUCGUUUACUUCGUUCCCACCAGAUUAGAAUCGGUAUUAGUGGGUAUUUGGAUUAUAUUAGCUAUUGUUUUCAAUUGUAUUAGUUUCACUCAUGAUUCCCCAAAUAUCAUUUGGCCCCAAAAACCAACUGAAAUGGGUAGAAAGAUAGCUGAUAGAAGUGGACAAAUCUGUUUAUGGCUUUUACCUAAUUUAAUCUUAUUUUCAGGUAGAAAUAAUGUUAUGCAAUGGAUUUCAGGAUGGAAUUAUUCAAGAUUUAUUUUAAUUCAUAAAUGGAAUGCUAGAAUGGCUACUCUUAUGGGUAUACUUCAUGCCAUUGGUAUGACUUACAAUGGUAAGGGUUUAGGUAAAUAUGAAAUGAGAAAUAAACAACCAUAUGUUAGAUGGGGUUAUGUUUCAUUGAUUGCUAUGUGUUUAUUAUCAUUCCAUUCUAUGCUUGUAUUUAGAAAAUCAAGAUAUGAAUUAUUUAUUUUAAUUCAUAUUAUUUUAGCAAUAUUCUUUAUUGCUGGCGGUUGGAUUCAUACAUCAAAUGAUGGUUUCCAACAAUGGUAUUAUGCUGCUACUGCCAUUUGGGGUUUUGAUCGUUUAGUAAGAUUGAUUAGAUUAUUUUCAUUUGGAGUUAGAACUGCUGAAGUUCAAUUAAUAGCUAAUGAAACUUUAAGAGUUAAAGUUCCAAGACCAGCCCAUUGGAAGCCAUUUCCUGGUUGUCAUGCUUUUAUUCAUUUCUUAAGACCAACUUGUUUUUGGCAAUCUCAUCCCUUUACUAUUGUUGAUUCAGUAGUUGAAGAUAAUACUAUUAAUUUCUAUAUUAAAGUUAAAGGAGGUAUUACUCAUGGAUUAUAUCAAUAUUUAUCCAAACAACCAAAUAAUAAAGCCCUUAUUAAAGUAUCUAUUGAAGGACCAUAUGGACAAAAAAUCAGUAUUAAUAAAUAUGAAAAUACUGUUUUCAUUGCUGGUGGUAAUGGUAUUCCAGGACUUUAUUAUGAAGCUACUGAUAUUGCCAAAACUAUUGGUGAUAAAACUAGAAUAAAAUUAUAUUGGGUUAUUCGUCAUUAUAGAUCCAUUGAAUGGUUUUAUCCUGAAUUAUUAAGAUUAAAGAAUACUAAUAUUGAACCAAUUAUUUAUAUAACUCAACCUCAUGUUGGAUUAGUUGAACCAAUCUUUUCUCAUGGUAAUGAAUCAGAAGAAGAAGAGGAAGAAGAACAACAAGAAAAGAAAUCAGAUACCGUUGAAGAAUCAACUGAUUAUAUUGGUAAAUUAAAGAAUAAAUUAAAUUUCAUUGAAUUCAGAGAAGGUAAACCUGAUUUUUAUACUAUUGUUGGUGAAGAAAUUAAAGAAACCAAUGGACCAAUUGCAUUUGCAUCUUGUGCUCAUGGAUCCAUGGUUGAUGACACAAGAAAAGGAGUGGUUGAUCACAUUAAUAAUACCAAAUAUAGAGUUGAGUUGUUUGAACAACAACAAACUUGGUAA